GAACUACCAGACCCUACCUGUAGUCCGAAGGUGGCUGCGUUUGUCGAUAGUGAUGCAUUCAGAAACAUGCAUGCGUGACUCUCAACAACGAUGGGGUUGAGAGGAGCUGACAGAAUUGGGCUAGAAAGUGAGGUCAAAUCCUUGUCUGCCUGAGGCUCGCCAGAAUGACGAUCACACGCCCAACUUUCAAGCUUGCAAGAUGAGUGUUCACCUCUGCCAUACAUGUAUCCUAAUUCACCGUGACAACCUACCUACCUUGCCACCGCUGAGAAAAUGUCUGCCAAGAUCCAGAAGGUGCUGGCACGUCAGAAGGCCAAAAUCGAAGAAGGCGACUACUACGAGGCGCAUCAACAGCUCCGAACCAUCGCCAACCGCUACGUCAAAUCUGACCCUCCUGCUGCCAUCGAUAUCCUCUACAAUGGCGCCCUUAUGCUGCUCAAAGCUGGUCAAGGCGGAUCCGGCGCAGAUCUCAGCAUAUACCUGAUCGAAGUAUAUGGCAAAGGCGAGUUGAAACCAGACACUGCCAACAAGGCUCGUCUCAUGUCACUCUUACGUGCAUUCCCACCGAACGAGCCUGGCAAGAAGAAAUUCGUGACAGGGAUUGUAGAAUGGUCCAGCAAGAAUGGCGAAUUUCCAGCAGGCGACCCGGAGCUCCACCAUGUCAUUGGAACACUAUACGCAGAAGAGGGGGAAGUCUACGAUGCGGAACGACACUUGACACUGGGCACGAGCGAUAGCGCACAAGUCUUUGCAGAUCUUGAGUACACGUGGUAUAGCGAUGACGAACCCAGCACAGCUAGUCACUAUGCUGCGCGAGCUGUCUUUCCGUACCUGGUCAUCGGCAACACGAGGGCUGCAAACAAGGCGCUCCUGCUCUUCACGUCUCGUUUGAGUACCUCACAUCCCGGACUCGGCGUACAGUCGAUAUCAAGCCCGAGCUCGGAUAUCAGGAUAUACCCCUCACUACCACUUCUGAACUUUCUCGGUCUACUGCUACUGGCCGUGCAGCGAGGCAGUUCGGACUUGUUCAAGCAGCUCAAACAACAUUAUGCUGCACACCUGAAAGAAGUGCCGGCUUGGGAUGAGCCGCUCCUACAGGUGGGAGAGAUGUAUUUUGGUAUCAAGAUUCCUAGCCAGAGCAAUCCGAUGUUCGACAUGAUGAGCAACAUGUUGAUGGGUGGAAACAACCCUUUCGCCCAGAAGAGAAGAGAGCCUGCGCGUGUUGGACAAGCCGCGAGCGAGGAAAAGCCUAGCACGCCGCAGCCCCCCGCUCCGGGCGUGGAUUAAUGAGUGAUGAUGAUGUUGAGACAUGGCAUAGCAUGGCAUUGAGCGUAUACUCUCAUAUGAUUUGCAUUUGAAUGAAAUAUCAUGACUUCGCACGCGUCUGCAGAUUGCC